AAAUGUCAUAGUCUAAAAUAACAAGUAGAUUAAAAAUAUAGGGCUAGAAAAUGUCGUUAUGUUUUUACAAAAUAGUGAUAAUAAGAAUAUUAAAUAAUUUAUUUAUUUUGCAUUUCUCGUUAUGUCGGGAAUCAAGAAAUCGAAAGAGACCAAAACAAACAUGGCUUCUUCCUCAUUGGGAUUAUCAGCCUCUAGUCGGCAAAGAGGAGUCGGCGACGUUGUCGUAUGGGAAUGGUUGAACGAAUUAGGGCAAUGGAGACCGUACGAUCCCGAUAUAGUAAUUUAUAUUGAAAAAACCGGGCACAUGUCUUCUCAAGUUCUUCUGGGGACUGUGUCUCAAAAUUUGCGGAUGUAUGUCAUCGAUAUUCCGUCAAUGUGUCAGAUAAGACAAGACACAGGCACAUCUCGACCCGUUCGAAGAGUUAUAUAUGCUGCCCACAGUCCAGCAGGACAACAGGUGAUGUGGGAGUGGGAGGGGGAUAGCAGUGGCUCCUGGCAUGCAUAUGACAUGGAACUUGCCACAUUCCUGGAGGCCAUGCAGCAGCAAGGGCAGACCAUUCUAAAUUUGAGCACGUCUCAGUUCCGACUACCAUAUUACAUCAAUUUUUCCACGAUGCAGCAGAUUCGAAUUGAGACUGGAAAGACCAGAACAAUCCGCAGAUCUGCUCUUAAUAGACCCUACCCAAGGGCUGCUGGAGCAGCUAGCCAGCUUUCAAAACUCACCAGCAUCACACCUGCAUCAGCAAAUCUCUCAUUAUCUUCUGGGUCACAAACUUUGUCACAGCCUUCAUCUUCAUCAGCAAGGAGUGGCAGAGGCAGUCAAGUCUCUGUGCACAUUACUUCUUCGUCUACCUCAUCCUUGUCCACCUCACCGUCAUCUGUUUCAGUUACUGCCACAGGUACAUCAAACAUACCAAACACUUCCAAGCGUAUGUGUGCAACAAAUGGUGAUCUGUCUAAUUCUGAUUCUGAAUCUGAUGAUAUGGGUUCUAAGCUACAUAUUCGAACAUCAAAGCGUAAACGCAUGAAAAAAUCUAAUAGCCAGCAUGGUGCUGCAGCUGGGACAGCAAGCAUCUGUACUGUAGCAAGUGGCAGUAGCAUGUCUGCACAUGGGAGCAUUAAAAGUGGUUCUGUCGGAGCUGUAUCCAGCAAGAUGAGCUCAGGUCAGUUACCAGUCACUUCUUCGUCAAGUACCAGUGCUUUUGUGCCCACAGCAUCACAGACUUCAGGCUGUCUAAUGCAGGCUGGAGGACCAAGAAGCAUGCAGCAGCAAGCAGGUAGUUGCCAGCCCUCUAACACCCAGCCAUUUUCUGGGUCAAAUGCACCCCUUGCAAGUGUGGCGGCUCCGGCCUCUUUACCCCUAUUCACAUACCCACAGCCUCUAGCAGCAAAUCUUCUUCAAGGUUUCCCCCCAAUGACCCAUGUUCCCUCAUCCCAAGGGCAGACCCUGUUCUCAGGAACACAGAAUACUGGACACACAGUGUUGCAGCAAAUGCCUUCUCAACACGUCUCUGCAAAUCAUGCGCUCUCACAACAUCUUGCUUUACAGCACCAUGCAACACAGCAGCUUCCUCUACAGCACCCUACAACACAGCAGCACACAUCAGUGCAUGUCGCUCCUCAGCACACCUUGCCACACCGCGGACUGCCACAUCCAUUGUCGCACCAUGCACUGCCACAUGUGGCAACACCACAACAAUUUGCUCAUCAACAUGCCUCCUUUUCACACCCUGCUGUGUCAGGUAACUGGCCAGGACUGCAAGGUGGGGCCAUGCCUCAAGUGACACAUGGAAUAAGCACCUUGCCAUCUUCCCAGGCUGGUUCCUCAUCCAUCAUUCCACCAUCAUCAGGGCAAAGUCAGAUGCAGACCUCGUCAUACCAAGGCCCCAUCACCAGGAAUCGCCUCAGUGCACUGCAGACUCAGUCUCACCAGAUGGGAGGCGGUGCAGCAUCGGUGUCUGGUGGCCUUGUUGGUUUGAGCAACAUCGGCACCAGUUCUUUACCCUAUUUACCCAAUGGCUUUGGGUCUGUGCUGGCGUCAAGAACUCUGUUGUCCACCGGUGCUGGUCCUCACAAUCAGCACCAGCUGCAGGGUGUGAUGAGGAUGAACACCUAUGGGUGUGGCGGAGGGCCUUCAUAUGUGGCCUCAUCUCUAGGAACGCCAUCUCUUGGUAACAACAUUCUUCCACAGCCAGGGCUACCCAUCUCCUCUUCCAAGGGAAGUCACAGUGGCCGUGUUGUGCCUGCUGGCUCAGGUGUGGGGCUGCUGUCUGUUGGAUCCUCUUCAACUCAGCAUACUGAGUCACUCCCACCACAAGACAGAAUAAUUUUGACCAAGAUGAAAAAAUCAAAACCGAAAACAGCUGAAGAGGUUCUCAAUAAGUAUAUGGAGAAAGUCGGCCCACAGGAAAAUGCUGACUGCUGUAUAUGCUGUGAUACACUUACUGCACCCUCUAGUUAUGGUGAAGGCAAGCCAGAGGCAUUCGAUGUGAUUCAGCUGAACAAAUGCAGUCACAUGUACCAUCGCCUCUGUCUCUUGGCCAUGUACAGUAGCAGUCACAAUGAUGACAGUAUCCAAUGCCCCACCUGUAAAACAAUCUAUGGAGAAUACCUGGGAAAUUGUCCACCAGGUGAGAUGACCUUUGACAUCAUCCAGCGAUGUCUACCUGGGUAUCCUGACUGUCACACCAUCCGAGUUUUGUACAACAUUAGCCCUGGAGUGCAGGGUCCAGAGCACCCACACCCAGGACGCCGUUUUACAUCUCGAGGUUUUCCUCGUGUUGGCUACUUGCCUGACAAUGACAGGGGACGAAAGAUCCUGAAGAUGCUGAUUGUGGCCUUUAAGCGGAGGCUGAUGUUUACUAUCGGUGUCUCCGCCACAACAGGGGAGGUAGACACUGUGACGUGGAAUGAGAUCCAUCAUAAAACAGAGUUUGGUUCCAAUGUCAGUGGUCAUGGGUAUCCCGACCCCAACUACCUCGACAAUGUCACAGCCGAGCUAGCAGCUAAAGGCGUAACCCAGCAGGACCUGUGAUGCAUAGAGACUCAGACUCUUUUUCCCUACCUCUAGAUGUCCCCCACAUCCUUUUCCCCAUACCUAGAAAAGGAAAAACCUGAAUAGAUUUGUGGCAAUUUUUGUAGUGCCAUUUUGUGAUGGCUGCAUUCUAAACUAUGACUGUUGAGUGCUUGUACUGUCAAGACCAGACCUGGGCAAGGGGCGGCAUGUGGGCUGCAUCCGGCCCGCCUCCUGUCUCUGACUGGCUCGCCCGCUAGUAUAUAUACUAUAUAUACAGUAUUGGGUAAAACUGAGUUAACUAUAUUAGUCUGGCCCUCUAAAACCAUCCCAAUUUCUCAUGCGGCCCCUUGGGAAAAUUAAUUGCCCACCCCUGGUCAAGACAGUCCAUGUAUGUUUGAAGUGGACCAUCGAGACAGUGCAUCUACAUAGCAUCAUUGCUUGGAAAACAAUGCUAACACAUGUCAUCUUUAAAAAAGUGAAAAAGUCAUCCCCACAAAACACAAGGUCAUCUCUUGAAAUACCACAGUAAAACAAAAAUUUUCUGUUUUGUUUUAGAGCCACUUCAAAUCUACACACGGAUGUACAUGCAGAGAAGCAUACACAUAUGUGCAGGCAAGAAAGGCAUCUGUGCAUCAUGAUGACUUAAAAAAAAAAGCCACCCAGCUUAAAUGGUAGCCAAGGUUCUUUACAAAGAGUUGCCAGGGGCAUAUGGUGUAGCACCAGCUGAUGGGCAUUUUUGAUAUAAAGUUCCACAGGAUAAUUUAAAUCUUCUAGAAUAGUUGUUGAAAAGUUUUCAUGACACAGUAAAAGGAUGAAAAGAUUUGAUUGAAAUGACCAGUACCUGCUGCUUCCAUUGCAUCUUGCCAUAAUUUCAGACUUAACCAAUGUUGCAUGAACUAUCAUUCAUCUCUACUACCAGUGAUAAUUUCACACAUCACCUUGCAUAACUAGUUAAAACCAGUCUAUAGCACAAGCUAUUAACUAGUUGACAUGACCUGUGAUCCCUUCUCUUGCAGGAGUGGUCAGUAUUAUGUAGCAGGUUUCCAGGGUGCAGUCUUUUCUCUUGCUUGAAUGAAAUUAAAAGGCUAUUUAGCCUGAAAGUUGUAUGCUUAUCGCAUUGAAAUGGCUGAUUCUCCCUGUUGUAUCUCUAGGUUUGGGGACUGGGAAGCCUGACGGCGAGGUAAUCAUUGGGUUCAUUUAAAUACCUUUAUCAUACUGAUGUGAAAAUAUCACACUCACGCUUAGCAACAGACACAAGUGUAAAGAAACUGCUUUGAAGCAUUUCGAAACUGUUGUAAGACAGUUCUUGCAGCCUCAUAAAGCUGUCUGAACAUUUCAUGAAAUGUCCCAGCAGCUUUGAGGUGCCAGAAGACAAUAUUGCGCAGUGUUGUUGCUUGACUCUUGAUAUUAAGCUUUCUGUGGGCAGUGGUUGGCAGUUGUGAAGAUUUUGAAUGGCAUGUAAUGCUCAUGUGCAAUACAACAGAACGAUGCAUCCAGUAAUUUGUUUUUUGUUAAUACAAAUCCAUCAGUGAUGUUA